CUGAAUAUGGUUUCUAUCUAUGGUUUUUACGAACGCAUUGGUACGCUCUUACUAGUAUCAGUUUAAUCCUUGUGAUAUAAAGUGUUUAAUGCGAUUUCGACGAAAAAGGUGGCUGUGAUUUGAAGUCAGGAACAGUAGAAAGCUUCAUCGUGAUAAAUGUCAGGCAUUGCUAUUGCAAGACUCGCCGAAGAGCGAAAAGCAUGGAGGAAGGAUCAUCCGUUUGGCUUUGUGGCAAGGCCAACAAAAAAUCCAGAUGGUACGCUUAAUUUGAUGAGUUGGGAAUGUGCAAUCCCUGGAAAGAAAUCUACUCCUUGGGAAGGUGGAUUAUAUAAAUUGCGAAUGAUCUUUAAAGAUGAUUAUCCUUCUAGUCCACCAAAAUGCAAAUUCGAACCACCAUUAUUCCAUCCAAAUGUAUACCCAUCUGGAACAGUAUGUCUUUCUUUGUUGGACGAAGAAAAAGAUUGGCGACCAGCAAUUACAAUAAAACAAAUACUUUUGGGUAUUCAAGAUUUACUUAAUGAACCUAAUGUAAAAGAUCCAGCCCAAGCUGAAGCUUACACAAUAUACUGUCAAAAUCGCUUGGAAUAUGAAAAACGUGUAAGGGCUCAGGCAAGAGCAAUGGCACCUCAAGAAUAAAAAUUAUCUACUACUUGAUAAAUAUAAACUUAUGUAAAGAUACCAUCGCAUCUACGCAUAUAGUAUUCUUUUGAGUUGAUUAAUUAAAAAUAUUUUUUUAUAAGUAAAACAAAAAAC